AUGGGUAGAAGCAGAGCUCGUCCCACUGCCAUUUUGAAAACUGACAAUGGCAAAAUGGCCAAAAGAGCGGGCAUUGGCAUCACCUAUGAAGACUAUGCGGAUGGUUGGGACAAUUUCUUUGGUGGGUACCCAACGUUUGUCUCAGAUGGAAUGGCAGAUCCUUCUGGUUAUGGCAACCCUGAGCAGGCACUCAUUGCUUUGAAGAAGGGUACACAGUUAAUCAAGUACAGCAGAAAGGGGAAGCCUAAGUUUUGCCCAUUCAGACUUUCUCCUGACGAAACUACGUUAAUCUGGUACUCCCAUGCAGCUGAAAGAAUUCUGAAGUUAUCUUCUGUUUCGAAGCUUAUUCCUGGGCAAAGAACCGCUGUUUUCAGGAGAUACUCGCGCCCCGAGAAGGAGUACUUAUCUUUUUCUCUUAUAUAUAAUAAUGGUGAAAGAUCUCUUGAUCUGAUUUGCAAGGACAAAGCUGAAGCAGAGGUGUGGAUUGCUGGCCUGAAAGCUUUAAUUUUGACUCGUCACGCACGUGAUAGACAUACCCAGAGUGACAUUUCUGACAUACAUGCUGGUAGUGAUUUCACUCAAGACAUUCGUCCAUUUGGUGCUACAUUAGAGUUCAGUACAAGUAUUGCCCACGGCACUGAUUCCAAUUUUAGUGGAAGUUCUUAUGCUGUUCGAAACUCAGAUGUGGGGUCUGAAUGUGCAAAUAUGCAACUAAGAACAAGUGGUGCAGAUGGUUUCCGAAUUAGUGUCUCUAGUACUCCUAGUUGUUCGAGUCAAGGUUCUGGACCAGAUGAUAUAGAAUCACUGGGUGAUGUUUAUGUCUGGGGUGAGAUUUGGUCAGACAAAGUAUCAACAUAUGGAUCUGGGGAUCCAAUUCCCAUUAAGAAUGAUGUAUUGACUCCUAAACCCCUGGAGACAAAUGUAGUUCUUGAUGUACAACAAAUUGCUUGUGGCGUUCGGCAUGUUUCACUUGUUACAAGGCAGGGCGAGGUUUUCACGUGGGGAGAGGAAUCUGGGGGCAGACUCGGUCAUGGAAUUGAAAAAGAUUUCAGUCAUCCUCAGCUUGUUGACUUUUUGGCCACUAUGAAUGUCGAUUUUGUUGCUUGUGGCGAGUUUCAUUCCUGUGCUGUGUCUGCAUCUGGUGAUUUAUAUACGUGGGGUGAUGGUACCCAUAGCGCAGGACUUCUUGGUCAUGGAAAUGAUGUUAGCCAUUGGAUACCAAAAAGAGUUUCGGGUCCUCUAGAAGGCCUUCAAGUUUUUUCAGUUGCAUGCGGCACCUGGCAUUCCGCAUUAACAACUUCUACUGGAAAACUGUUCACAUUCGGUGAUGGGACAUUUGGAGCUUUAGGUCAUGGUGACCGUGAAAGCAUCCUGUAUCCAAAGGAGGUUCAAUCUGUGAGUGGAAUGAAGACUGUUGCAGUUGCAUGCGGAGUGUGGCACACUGCUGCUAUAAUAGAGAUGAGAAGCCAGUCAAAUUCAAAUGUUUUGCCUAGAAAAAUAUUCACGUGGGGUGAUGGCGAUAAAUAUCGAUUGGGCCAUGGAAACAAGGAAACUUAUCUAAUUCCAACCUGUGUGUCUUCCCUUAUUGAUUACAAUAUCCACCAGCUAGCAUGUGGACAUAAUGCAACGGUUGCCCUUACAACAUCCGGUCAUGUCUUCGUCACAGGCAGUAAUGCAUAUGGUGAGCUGGGCAAUCCACAAUCUGAUGGAAAGUCACCUUGUCUAGUACAAGAUAGAUUAGUUGGAGAGUUUGUUGAACAAAUAGCAUGUGGUGCACAUCACGUAGCUGUACUGACUUCAGGAAGUGAAGUAUUUACAUGGGGAAGAGGUGCCAAUGGAAGACUUGGACAUGGUGACUCAGAAGAUCGUAACACUCCAACACUGGUAGAAGCAUUAAAAGACAGAAAUGUGAGGACUAUCACAUGUGGCUCAAACUACACGGCAAGUAUAUGCAUCCAUAAGUGGGUUUCUGGAGUAGAUCAAUCAGUUUGCACCAGUUGCAGGCAAGCAUUUGGUUUUACUCGAAAAAGACAUAACUGUUAUAACUGUGGGUUAGUGCAUUGCCAUGCUUGCAGUUCCAAAAAGGCAUUGCGAGCAGCACUGGCUCCAACUCCAGGGAAACCACAUCGAGUCUGUGACUCCUGCUAUUUGAAAAUGAAAAAGGCUGCAGAGAGUGGAAGUACCUUGUCUUUUAGUCAAAAAGUGAGCACCCUUCCUCGUAAAAUAGAUAGUAGAAUAGAAAGAGGAGAGUGUCGGACAUCAAAAUUUCUGCUCUCACCCACUACCGAACCCUUGAAGUACUUUGAAAUCAAGUCUGGCAAGCCUGGGAUGAAAUCUGAUUCUUCUUCCACAGUGCGUGCUUCCGAAGUUCAAUCACUUUUGCAGCUAAGAGAUGUUGCUUUCCCAAGCUCACUUAGUGCUCUUCAGUACGCUCUAAAGCCUGUUGUAACAGCACCACCACAAUCCCAGCUGCUGCAGCCACAAUCACUGUCAAACUCAAGACCUGUUUCACCAUACUCUAGAAGGCCAAGUCCUCCACGUUCUGUUACCCCCGUGUUUUCAAGGGGCUUCAUCGACAGUUUAAAUAAGACAAAUGAGCUUUUGAACCAAGAAGUGUCCAAACUGCAAAGCCAAAUUAAAAGUUUAAAGCAGAAGAGUGAAGUCCAAGAUAGAGAAAUUCAAAAGCUAAAGAAAAAUGCAGACGAAGCUGUUUCAUUGGCUGCAGCAAGAUCGUCCAAUUGUACUAUAACAAUGCAAGCAGUCAACUCCUUAACUGCUCAGUUAAAAGAAAAUACAGAGAAGUUGCCUCCAGAGUUAACUGAGAGUGAAUCCUUCAAAUCCAUGAAUGCACAAUUUGAAUCUCUCAAGGAUAUAAUUGUGACUUCAGCUUCUGAAGUCAGUUCUACUUUGCCAACAGAAUUGAUGCAUGACCAACUGAAUCAGGCUAAUAAAAUUGCAUUAGCCAGUGAAUCUAAUUACAAUGGGCAUAAUAGGAUGGACGAUCGUGUGGGUACUGCAGGAGUUCAAGACAUAUCACAGAACAUUGAUGGAAUUCCACCACCAAACAAUGGAUCUUCUGUUACUGGUACAAAUGGUGGGCACCAAUCGUCCUCAGAAGGUGGUUCUGGAACACCUAAGGCUGUAAAAGGACAAAAGGAAAUUAUUGAACAAUUUGAACCAGGUGUUUAUGUUACACUGAUUCAACUUGAAAAUGGUACCAAGAUCUUUAAGAGGGUUAGGUUCAGUAAGCGAAGAUUUGCUGAACAGCAAGCAGAAGAAUGGUGGAAGGAAAACAAACAAAGGCUGUUGAUGAAGUAUAGUCCAUCAAAGAUGAAUAGUGUAUCCGAAGAAGAAGCAACUCGUCCACCAGAAGAAAAUAAUGAGGUAGAACAAUCUUUAUAA